AUGAAGAAAUUUUGCAUGUCAGAGUUUCUUAAUGGAAAGAUGCUUGAUCAACUUCUUCCCAUAAGAAAAGAUGAGAUAAACCGAUUUUUGCAGAUGAUAGUGAAAAAAAGUGAAGUAAAUGAGGCUGUGAAUGUUACUAACGAGCUUUUGAAACUUACAAAUAGUAUAGUGAUGAAAAUGUCAAUAGGAAAAAGCUGUUUUAAAGAAGAUGAUGAAGCUCAUAAGGUUACAGAAAGGGUGAGAGAAUCUGCUAUGGUGAGUGGAAUGUUUAAUUUGGCUGAUUAUUUUUGGUUUUGUAAGAGAUUGGAUAUUCAAGGAAUUGAGAAAAGGUUAAAGGAUGUUCAUGAUAGGUUUGAUAAUAUGAUGGAGAAUAUUAUCAAAGAGCAUGAAGAGGGUAGAAGUAAAUUAGAAAGAAAGGAUGGUGCAAAGGAUGUAUUAGAUGCUCUUUUGAGUAUUUAUGAAGAUCAAAACUCAGUGAUCAAAAUAACUAGAGAUAACUGA